AUGGAUGUUAACAAUGAUCUACUGACUUUGGCAAUACGCCGUGGUGACUAUACCGAAGUUGCAAGUUUGUUAGACAAAGGUCUAGACGUGAAUGGUGCAGAUUCCGAGGGAUAUAGACCUUUGCACGAAGCUGUAAAAGGCGGUUAUUUAGAUAUAGUGGAAUUGUUAUUACAAAGAUCAGCUAACGUGAACUCAUCCACUUCACGGUUUUUAAUUACGCCUCUACAUCUAGCAGCCAUAUUUGGUCAUCUCGAAGUGGUAAAAUUAUUGAUUAAAUAUGGUACAUCAUUAGAAACUAAAUGUAAAAUUGGUUUACCACCAAACCGCAGGUCAGCACUAAGUUAUACUAGUUAUGGUCGUCGUGAAGUCAGUCAAAUUCUACAAAAUGAAUCGAAAUACGAUGGUAUUCAGUGCAACUUUACGACACCUCUAAUAUUAGCGGCGGAUUGUGGCAACAACGAAGUUGUCGAGUUAUUGAUCCAAUACGGAGCUGAUGUGAAGAAAACUAAUGAUGAUGGCUGUACUGUUUUGCAUAUAGCUUCUGGAUAUGGGGAUACAGAAAUAGUUAGACUCUUGCUUCAAAAAGAGCUAGACCUCGAUGCUAAAAUUAAUUCAUGUGGUAGUACUCCUUUACAUUUAGCCUCUAAUAAUGGAAGUAAAGUUAUGGAUCUUUUAUUGCAUGAAGGAGCUAAUCCAAUGGCAAGAGACAGAAGUGGCAAAAGGCCAUUGGAUAUUGUUUGUGACAUUAUUAAUGUAAGAAUAUCCGGACUUUUACUUGGUUGUCCCUACAGAACAAAAUGGUUUGAGCACAAUGCGGAACUUUUAAUAAAAUUUAUGUUGUUAUUUAGUAAAGAUAUAGAAAUGAAAAACCUAGAAUACUGGGCGUAUGACUUCUGUUAUGGAUUUAAAAGAAAAUAUGAAAAAAUUAUAGAACAAAUGGAAGUGUGUUUUUUAGAAAAUACCACAAUUUCUUUGUAUAUGUUUCUGCAAGCCUUAUAUGAUAAAAAGAAACUAUUAACGUUCUUAUCCAACCACCAAUUGCUCCAAGAAGCUAAACAUAUUGAUAAAUAUAUUAUCAAAUACAAGUUAUAUUCAAGCAUUGCACCAAUGGCCAUGAAGAAAGUACAAGAGGGUGUAAGAAGAUUGGAUUUGCUGGAAGUGGCUGAUACUGCAAUGAAAAUGAUUGCACCUAACCUAGUAUUUGAUUGUCGACGAAUAAUUUUAAAUUAUUUAAGUAAUGAUGAUCUUUCCAGUCUCACAGAAUCUGUAAAAUCUCUAUGA